AUGGAAUCAAGUACGUUGGCAGUAAAAAACUUGUUUCCUUCUUCGUGCGAUGUCUCCCACCCCCGUGUUACCAGUACGCCAGUCAGUAGUACCAGUACGCCUGUCAGUGGUACCAGUACGCCAGUCAGUAGUACCAGUACGCCUGUCAGUGGUACCAGUACGCCUGUCAGUAGUACCAGUACGCCUGUCAGUAGUACCAGUACGCCUGUCAGUGGUACCAGUACGCCUGUCAGUGGUACCAGUACGCCUGUCAGUAGUACCAGUACGCCUGUCAGUGGUACCAGUACGCCUGUCAGUAGUACCAGUACGCCUGUCAGUAGUACCAGUACGCCUGUCAGUAAUACCAGUACGCCUGUCAGUGGUACCAGUACGCCUGUCAGUAGUACCAGUACGCCUGUCAGUAGUACCAGUACGCCUGUCAGUAUUACCAGUACGCCUGUCAGUAGUACCAGUACGCCUGUCAGUAGUACCAGUACGCCUGUCAGUAGUACCAGUACGCCUGUCAGUAGUACCAGUACGCCUGUCAGUAAUACCAGUACGCCUGUCAGUAAUACCAGUACGCCUGUCAGUAGUACCAGUACGCCAGUCAGUAGUACCAGUACGCCUGUCAGUAAUACCAGUACGCCUGUCAGUAGUACCAGUACGCCUGUCAGUGGUACCAGUACGCCUGUCAGUAGUACCAGUACGCCUGUCAGUAGUACCAGUACGCCUGUCAGUAGUACCAGUACGCCUGUCAGUGGUACCAGUACGCCUGUCAGUGGUACCAGUACGCCUGUCAGUAGUACCAGUACGCCUGUCAGUAGUACCAGUACGCCUGUCAGUAGUACCAGUACGCCUGUCAGUAGUACCAGUACGCCUGUCCAGUAG